CUGUUGCAGGGCAAUUGAUUUCAGUACCAAUAAGAUCCAUGCAGUUAAGGUGAUACCCCUUGAUGUAACCAAAGAAGUUCAAAARCAAAUCAUGUCUGAGAUGGAAAUACUAUUCCAGUGUUCAUCACCCUACAUUAUUGAAUUUUAUGGUGCAUUUUUUAUUGAAAAUAAGAUAUCAUUAUGUACAGAAUAUAUGGAUGGUGGGUCUUUAGAGAAUUAUGGAAGUAUACCAGAACCUGUACUUGGACGCAUUGCAGUUUCUGUUGUGAAAGCCUUGGCAUAUGUCUGGGAACUGAAAAUCAUGCAUAGAGACGUAAAACCUUCAAAUAUUCUUGUAAAUACUCGAGGACAAGUCAAGCUUUGUGACUUUGGUGUUAGCAGACAGUUAGUCAAUUCAAUAGCAACCACGUAUGUCGGUACCAAUGCAUACAUGGCGCCUGAGCGUGUAUUAGGUGAUGAAUAUAACAUACAAUCAGAAGUAUGGAGUCUAGGUGUCUCCUUAUUUGAGAUGGCCAUUGGAAGGUUCCCAUACCUAAAGGACAAGCCCGAUAAGAUGGCCAACUUACUGCCAAUCGAAUUACUUCAGUGUAUUGUACAUGAGGUUCCUCCUCGACUACCUGGUCGAUUGUUUUCACCARUCUUUGUUGAUUUCGUUGCGCAAUGUAUGCAGAAAAGUCCCAAUUAUCGCCUAACACCUCAGGCUGUAGUGGAACAUGCAUUUAUCAGGACCAAUGACGACAAUAACAAUGACAUCAUUUCUAUGUGGGUUUGUCGUAAGCUGGAAUUAAGGAGGUCACGUGCUCCGAGCAUAGAAAGUCCGGCCUCUGUGUAAUCAACAAUUUAAUAUUGAAUUAAUUAGGAUGUUUUUCAAUUGUAUUGAGCCAAUAAUGAAUGUUGGCUUGAAGUAUCUUAUGGACUAUAUAAAGGAUAAUAAUAUGAAUAGGUUUGAAUAUGCCAUGUCAGGAGGUGAAAACCAUUAAAAUGGUGGCGAUAUUGGAGUUCACUAUCGCCGAUGUAGUCAUUUGCAGUAAUAAAAACCCGUAUAUAAGAACAUCCAUUUUUUUGAAGUUCACUAGAUGGGCUGCCUGUAAAAUCAGUCUGAAUUUCUUAAGUUGUUUUAAUGUAAAUUUAACAAUUUAGGCACAAAUUGUUAUAUAUAGCUAUUUCUGCAAUGUAAGUCUAGAAUAUAAUAAUUUAUUUUAAGAAAACGUCCAUGACGUGUUUGCAUUUUUGUGGUACUCAUUGUUUACAAAACUUCGGCCUGAGUGUUCGGCCGAAUUGCUCUUAUCGGGGGUUUGUAUGUAUAUUAUUUUACAGCAAAUUUAACGAAAUGUUGUCGGAUAGAACAAGCAGGUACUGCUCGACCGAAARUSACUGUGGAUAUAGCCACACUUGGCAAACAAACCAUUAUAUCGUCAUUAAAUGGAAAAACAGUAGCUCUCGGUUGUGCAUAUUCCAAUAGUCCAUUUGACAGUUGCCGAAUGAAUGUUAGCCGAGGCUUUUCAUCAAAGCGAGACAGCAGUURAGCUUGCAAUGAUUCUCUUAGGCGUGAAGGAAAGGUAUCUAUCACUGCAGGCUCCUCUCAUCUCGCUUUGAUGCAAACCUUUCAAGAUGGCGUUUGGAACUUUAAAAUAGAGCACUYCUCACUCAACGGCUUUUUAAAAAGGAAUCGUUUGGCCACUUUCUUUUGUAAUGCGAUCAUCAGAAUCGCCUCGAAAAUUAUUAAUUUUGAUUUGUAUAGUAAGGAAUGAGAGUUGAAAUAAAGAGAGCCUUUACUUUCAA